GUACAUAAUCAUGUGUGAUCUUGUUUGAUUUGUCUUAACAUAUAGAUUAUUAAUAUAUAAUUUCUAUAAUUUUUUAAUAUACAAAUUACAAGAUAAAAUGGAUUAAAGAAGUGUAUUGGAUGGUGUGUAAAAAUGAAAGUGGACAAAUACUCUGGGACGGAGGGACAGGCAGUCCUUGGGUGAGUUGUGUCGACCUGGGCGACCUCAAAGGCUGGACUUUCCUGGUUGGCGUUUUUAUGGUAAUAUCUGGCGUGGCUUCACUGGUAGUUUGCUGCUGCAUGGCUUGUGAUGAUACCAGCAGGGAAACCACCUCAUCACAGCACGAUAACUGCCUUAAUUAUUUUGCUGGAGUGUACCUUUGCUUUGGGAUUGUUUGGGACAUCUUUGGUCUUUGUGUUGCCAUUAGCGUGUUUGUGGACACCGUGUAUUCGGGCUCUCCGCACCCGGCACUCGGUCGGGCUUACCCCGAAUACCGUUUUGACCACUUUAGGCCUGCGCUUCGCCGUAAGGUUAGCGACACCUAUAAGUGGGGUACCAUCAUUACUUGCCUCACUCCUUCCGAUGCCUGCCUUGCCUUGAACAAGGCUUACCCCACGUCUCACCAACUCUUCAAUGCACCACUCAAUCCAUUGCAGUCUGGAUGUUGCAUGCCACCCGCAGAAUGUGAAUUCAAUUUUGCAAGCCCCACGAAUUGGACUUCUCCAACAAACAAUUACACAAGCGUUGAUUGUGCGGUUUGGAGCAAUGACAUAACAAAAUUAUGCUACUCUUGUAAUUCGUGCAAAGCGGGAUCACUUGCAAAGAUAAGGAAGAAUCUCAUCAAAACAAAUAUAGUUUUGUUUGUUAUGGCUGUGGUGUCCUUUAUACUUCAUGUGUUUAGCUGUUUUCUUCUUUUAGCAAAAGAUGUGAACCGUUCUUAAGAUAUGGAGCAACACAUAGGCGGGAGAAGACUGAUCAACUAUGCAUGUACGACUAUACGUAACAUUUUUAAUUUCCUUUUAAUAGUAUUUUCAAAAUACUCCAUCACUCCUCAAUUUGAUUACAAAUUGGAGUUUACGAUGAGAAAUAUCUCAAUUUUCUAAAUCCUUUUAUUUACAAAUCAGUAUAUUUAUAAGAAAUAAAAACUACAUAU